GCAAAGCCGAACGAGGCGGUCGUGUGAAACGGACGCGGUGCGGUUAUUGAAAAAAGAAGUUUCCCAAAAAGUGAGAGAGAGUUAGUUGUUGAUGUGAAAGAUUCUCAUAUCGUUCUUUUUGUUUUUUUGUUUUGUACACACGCAACGAAACUGAAUUCGAAUUCGUCGUCGGUGCAAUUGUAAUAAAUGCCGGUCUCGCUGCUGUCCAUGUAAAAACCGGUUUAUUCUGCCGCGACGCCUUUUUUUUCGUCCCAACUGCAGCAGCAGCAGCAGCAACAACACCAACAACCACAAAGAAAAGAAAUUCAUUUAUUUACACAUUUUCGGACCGUCUGCGAGUGUGUUUGUGAAAGUGUAUGUGUGUGCGUUGACUCCCACGCCAAGGAUCGCUAGCGAUAUAUUGAAAGAAUCGAAUCGAAAUCUAAAAUCAAAAUCAACAAAAUCGCGCAUCGUUUAAUCGGUAAAAAGAUCCACAAAUAUUUUUUUCUGGUGUGUGUGUGUUUUUUCUAAAUGAAAUUGCCAGUGUAAAAAAAAAAAUCAAAUCAAGAGUCAAAAAGUUGAAGCAAGGCAAAAGCCAAAAGCAAAAAGCGCAUAAAAAAAAAAAUUAAAUUGCAAAUCAAGAAGUCAAGUUUGUAAAAGAAAAAUAAAGAGAGCAAAGAGUCAAAUGCAAAUAUAACAAAUGCAAAACAUGUGAAUUACAAAAACACAAACAGACCAAGUAAACGAAACAACAAAAGAAAAAAAAACAACAAACAAAUAGGAGUGUGAAUUAAAAGUAAAGGCAAAAAGUACCAGAAAUCAAACACAACAACAGCAAGGAAGAAGCACGCACGCACAAAACGAAAAGAAAAGAGUGUGGCUUAAAGCAGCUUAAAGUGUUUUGUUUGAGCUCACAUAUUUCCAUAUUCAUAAACAGUCAAAGGACAAGAAGCAGCAGCAGGACUCUCAACUCAAAUCGCAAAACUUGGCUUUUCAGCUAGUUGAUGAUGCGCUUCUUUGUCAGCGCUUGAGUAUCGCGAGUGUCGUUAGUGUAACCGAUACCGGAAUACCUGAGUGUCCCCAUCAUCAUCAACAGCAGCAGCAGCAGCAGCAGCAGCAGCAGCAACAUGUAUCCGGCCAGCGCCAGCAGCAAUGCCGCCGCCGCCGCUGCCGCAACCAAGUUCCAGAACCGUUGUGUGUCGCCGCAAUUCGCCAGCUUUGCGCCGCCACCGCCCUCCGAUUAUCCGCCGCCUCAGCAACAACAACAACAGCAGCAGCAGCAACAGUUGCUGUCGGGACAAACCACCGCGGUGGCUGUGCACAGUGCACCGGGACACGGCUCGAUGCGACAUCUGCAGCGCAACCAGGCGCUGACCAUGAGUGGCCACGGACAUGGGCAUGGCCAUCCGGGACAUCCAGGUCAUGGUCAUGCCUCACAUGGACAUGGCAUCAAUAUGGGCAUGAAUAUGGCCAUGGGCAUGGGACAUGGCGCCGCCACAUUGGGACAUCACCAUCAGGGUGGCCAUCGCGGCGAUCUCAUAUUCCCCGAUGACAUGGAUAGCAUUGAGUUCUGCAUGCCAGCACCGCCAUCGUCCUCGUCCUCAUCGUCACAGCAAAACGGGGAGCUGCUCCUGCUCCAAGGCAGCCACGGGGAGGCAUUCACGGAGCGACGACGUCGUGGCCACAGUCGACGCAGCAAUCACAAGAUGGAUGUGGAGCAGCAAGUGAAAUGGUCGCGCAAGAACAUCGCCGCCACUAUGGAGCGCUUUGAGCCCACCACGAACACACAGUCGUCGUCGUCGACCUCCUCGCUGGACUAUGGCUUCGCCGCCGGCGUCAUGACGCCCAGCAGCAGCAGUGCCACGCCCUCGCACGGCGCUGGCUCCGGCUCGUUGGGCAUGUCCUCGACACCCUCGCUGCACGUUGCCUUCAACGGCGGAGGCGGCGCAGCUGGCGGCAGCAGCACAGCCAGCGGAAGCGGCGGCGGAGGAGGAGGAGGAGCAGCAGCAGCUGCAGCCGGAGCACCAUUCAAUCAUGUGUAUUCGUAUGCUUACUACGAACCCGGGGCAGCCAAAUGCCAUACGAAUGUGCCCGCCCAGGGCAACGGUCACCAUCACAAUAACCAUCACCAUCAACAGCAGCAGCCGCAGCCGCAUCCGCACUCGAAGAGUCCGCCACGCAACUCGAUACGCGCACUGCUGGCGAAGAGUUUUCGCUCAAAGUCAUCGUCGCACAGCGGCCAAUCGACAUCGUCGUCGCCCAGCGCCGAGGAGCGGGAUCGUCACACGUACACCACACGCUACGGCACCACCGAGAAUCUGUACGAGGAGGUCAGCGAUCAAAAGAUACGCAAGGUGCUAUCCGACAAUCGGAUCGCCAGCUCCGGUUCGGGCAAUGUCAAGGAGGAGCUGCGUCGUGUGCAGCACAAUCACUUCCGGGUGCUCGACGAAUUGAAUCUGUCGCUGGAGGCCCUGAUCAUGCCGCCCACGCCGCCCGACAUCAGUCCCAGCCACGGCGGACCGGCCAGCGCCAGCGCAAGUUCCAGCGAUGUGCAGCACGAGGCGCCAACCACAAGUCACAGCAGCGGCAGCGGCAGUGGCAGUGGAAGUGGCAGCAACAGCGGCUUUGGCAUGGGAAUGGGCAUGAGCAUAGGAAUGGGAAUGGGGGGCAUGGGUGGCAUGACUGGCAUGGGUGGCAUGACUGGCAUGGGUGGCAUGACUGGCAUGGGUGGCAUGGGUGCCAUGGGCAACAGCUCGUCGUCGUCGUCAUCGUCCGCACAGGCGGCCAAGAAUCAAGUGCUGGCCACAGGCCAGCGGCCACGUCGCGGCGGUUUGCUGGGCGGUGCGGCGACAAGUGCCGCAUCCAAUUCGAGCUCGGCAUCGCAUGCCAGCCUGGAGAAUCUGUCGAGCACAUUGAACAGCAUGGAGCUGAAGGAUCAUGCGCACAGCAGCUGCAUCAAUCCGGAGUUCGAUGAGGGCGACCUGGACAGCGGCUUCAGUGGCAGCGGCAGCAGUAGUGGCGCCAGCUACAAUGAGAGUCUGCGCUACUAUAAAACGGGCACGCCCACCAGCCACAGCCACAGCCAUAAUCACCACAGCCAUAGUCAGAGCCAGAGCCAGAGUCACAAUAACAACAAUGGAGGAGGCGGAGGCGGUGGAAGCAACAGCAACAAUAAUAAUCACAUUCACACACUGCCGCACAAUCUGAAUCGCAGCUGUCGAUCCUCGACCGCAUCGGGCACAUCCACAUCGAAGAGCAGCAUGGCCAGCUGUGGCGAGGAUCAGGGCAUUGCUGGCAUGGGUCUGGGUGGCAUCGGUGGCAUGGCAGGCAUGCCGAUGGGCGGUAUGCCCAUGACCAUGACUCCAGGCAUAGCCAUGAACAUGGCCAUGGUCGGUGCCCUGCCGGAGUCGGCGGCGUCCGUCUCCCCCUUCAACUAUCAGCGUCGAUGCUCGGCGGAUCAGCAGCGGGCCUCGGGACGCUCGAUGGCCUCGACUGCGGGAUCUGGUUCCGGAAAUGGAGCUGUGGCCGUUGCUGCCAUGGCGACUGGCGCGAAACCCAAAAAGAAUUUCUGGACCAUGAAACCGUGAUGCUACAAAAAGGCCCUGCGACACAUUUGCAAGAAAUGGAGCAUUGUUAUGGAAUACAAUACAAAGACUGCCUCAUGCCAUGCCAUCCACUACUAUCAACCGCAUCAGCAUCCACAUACGCAUUCGCAUUCACAUUCGCAUCAGCAUCAGCAUCAACAUCAGCAGCAUCAGCAUCAGCGUUAUCGGCAACCACACAAGUACCACAACAGCAACAUCAUCAGCAAUAGCAACAGCAACAACAGCAUCACAAGCAGCAGCAGCAGCAACAACAGCGGCAAAAGCAAUUUCAGCCACAAACAGGCGAAGCAGCAAAAGCAACGCUUUGGUCACACUGGCCACCACAGUCGCCACUAUAAGUAUGAUGCCAUCGAGGAGUGCUGCCGUCCGAUCUUUCACGAGCAUUAUGGUUCGUUUGCGGACAUGUUGUGAGUGCGAAUCGAGCGAUGGAAGCGGAACGCAAGGUACCUACCACAGACUAACUACAAAGUGUUAUACACCCAAGACGAUAACGAUAACGAUACCGAUAGCGAUGAAUGCGAAUGCGAAUGCGAUACCGAUACCGAUUGAAAACGAUAGAUGGAGAAAUAUGGAUACUUAGGUAGUUCACUGCAGCUCGGCAUUUAAGAAUCAAGUAGUAAAUUUUAUGAAUAUUAAACGAUAAACGAUUUGAGUAUUGAAUAUAAAAUAUCGAUAUAUAUGUAUGUAGAUAUAUACUUAUAUCGAUAAUAAUACCAUAUAUAUCUGUAUGUAUGUGUGUGUAAUCUUUCGCAAAAUGUGCACAGAACAUGUUGAGUAUAUAUAUUCAAAAUAUAUGUAUUAACCAUUGAUAUCUGGCAGAUCGCUAUAUGGCACGCUAUACGUCUAUAUGCUAUAUAUUUAUUCAUGUACAUAAACAAUUGAUAACCAUACCCCAUAUAUUUAUACAUACAUAUACAUAACUAAUAACUAAUGUGAAAUGCGUUUUUUUUUUUUGAUGUGUUGGAGACUUGAGCUGAGAAUUGGAAUGGAAGUCGAGAGAAUUGUUAUGUAUAUCUAAAUAUAUAUAAAUAUAUUUUUUUUUUUUUUGUGAACUAGAUCUAAAAAGUAGAUUCGAUACAUGCAAAAAUACGAACGAAAUGAACGAGAAAUAUAUAUAUUAUAAAAUAUGGAAAUCAUAUUAUCUUACACAUUAAUAUAUAUGGGAUAUAUAUAUAUCGAUAAUCUUAAAAGUAUAUAUAUAUGAAAUAUAAAAACAUAUAAACAUUUUUUUUUUUAAUUUAUAAACUAGCAAUGCUUGUACAUAGAGAUAAACGAUGAAAUAUAUUGAUGGCAAACAUUUUAAUAAUAAAAAUAAAUACAUAUAUAUAUAUAUUAUAAAUGUUUUUUUUUUAUUAUAAAUAUUAUUAUUACUAUUACGAUAAUUACUUGGUUAAGCUUAAGCUCUGAGUGUUAAAUAAAAAUGUAAAUAAACUGGGCAUGUUAACAAUUUAAUUGACGUGCAGCCAACAGCAAAAAAAAAAACAAAAACAAAA